GCACACCCACACAAACCAACGCAACGCGCUGCACCACCCACCCAGCAAAAGGGAGCCCAGUCGAGAGGCAUCGCGCGCAGACGGACACCAGUGGCUGCGCCCCGGUUGUGCUCGGCUGCGGUCCCCGUGAGCUCCAGGAACCAGGAUGGCUGCGGUGGUGGUCGCCGUCGAGGCCGCGGCGGCGGCGGCGGCGGGCGGCGCCUGCAGGGGCAGGUCGUACCUGGUGAGGAGCCUCUACUGGAGGCUGCGCGCGGGGAUGCGGAGGCUGCACUCGGGGCGGGCGGGCGGGCGGCGGCUCAGCUUCCACUACGACGCCCUCAGCUACGCGCUCAACUUCGACGACGGCCGCGUCUCCGCCGACUUCCUGCGGUGACGACGGCGACUGGCCUUGCGGCGGAGUACUAGCUCCCCGGGUUGUACUAACGCUUGCGGCGCUGGAUUUCGUGGCCAAAAAGCCGAUCGAAGAAUGGAGGAGGUGUGUCGCCGUUUCUAGCUAGCUGCUUAACAGGAGGGAAUUUCUUUCGUUCGAGUCGGCGAUGCCAAACGAUGCGUCUGUUCUUGAUUCCUGUAGCAUCUGACUUUCUGUUACGCCGUGCUGUACAUUCAAGCUGGUCCGGUCAUUUCA